AUGGACGCGCGCAGACGGCGGGCCACCAAACCGACCUCUCCGGAAUCCCGACCUCACAACAUCUCCAGCACCGACAAACCCGCUUCUUCUUCUUCUUCGUCUACUUUUUCGUCUUCUUCCUCUGCGGCCGCCAAGAUGGACGGCCCGGAAUCUCCGUCGUGGAGACAGCAUUGGAUGUUUUUCGCUGUGGCGAGCGGUGCUUGUGCGGCGUUUAACGGCGUGUUUGCGAAGCUAACCACCACAGAACUCACAACAAACCUAUCAACCGCCAUCGCCAAAGCCCUCGGAAUACAAUCCCACUCCCAAAUCGUCGAAAUCAUCGUCCGCACCAUCUUCUUCAUCCUCAACCUCGCAUUCAACGGCAUCGUAAGUGUCUCUCACCCCCCCUCGCAAAUCAAACACUUUUUCACUCACACACAAAAAAAAAAAAAAAAGAUGUGGUCUCUAUUCACCACCGCUCUCGCACGCGGCAAAUCCGCAACCCAAGUCUCCAUCAUGAACACCUCCACAAACUUCCUCGUCACCGCCUUCACCGGCUUCGCCAUCUUCUCAGAGGCCCUGCCCCCGAUGUGGUGGGCCGGCGCAUCGCUGCUCGUCGCCGGCAGCGUCAUUGCGGGCCGCAAGGACGAGGGCGAAGGGGACGGUGCCAAAGAUGCCGCUGGCGAGGCGUAUGAACCGGUGCCUGCGGGAAGUAACCUUGAGCUGGAAGAGGAUGUGACUGCGGGUGAAAGAUACCGCGAUGAGGACAUCCCUGACCUGGGAGAGCUUCGGAGCUGA